AUGGUGAAGCGCCACGUGAAGAACGGAAAGUGCAAGGGCGCCCGCAAGUUCAAUGGGCCCAAGUACAAGGGGACGGUGAAGAAGGUCGUCAACAACCUGCCCAAGUACACCGCCAUGUCCAUAGAAGAGAAAGCGAAGAAGAAAAAGGCUGCCGGCAAGCCACAGAACAUGGACGUUUCUUCGGAGCCCAAGGCACCAAAGUUGACAAAGUCACAGAAGCGGGAGAAGAGGAAGCAAGCCAUCAGCCUCGGCAAAGUCGGGAAGACUUCGCCCAAGGCCAUGCCUGCACCCUCUCCCAUCUUGAAGGUUGCUUCGCCCAAGAUGAACCCCGAGGAGGACACGAAGAUGAAGGUCGAAGUGGAGAAGUCGAAGAAGCAGCGAAGAAAGGAACAGCGAAGAGCGAUUCAGGUUCAGAAGACCCAGUUGAAGAAGAAAGGGCAAACUGCUCACUUGAAAAGUUAA